CAGCGGUCAGCCAAGGCCCUGUGGUUGGCAGGCUCGUGUUGCGGCACUGCAGUGCCAGCUCUCCCUCUUGCGGCUGCCCUGAGGCGGGAGCGGAGGAGGAGGCGGGGCAGGAAGGUUGUGGUCUCAGCCUCGUGAGGGGAUGACGGGCUUGUGCAUUCUGAACCACGUAUCGGGCUUGCUACUCUCCCGGGCGGCCGCCGUGCGUCGUGCAGCAGCGGUGGGAGGCAGAGGGUGCCUGGAAGCAGGUCUAGAGUGGACGCUUGGCAGAGCCCGCGGUAUCAGAAGCACUGCUGUCGUUAUGGCCCCGAUCAAGGUGGGAGAUGCCAUCCCAUCCGUGGUGGUGUUUGAAGGGCAGCCUGGGAACAAGGUGAACCUGGCAGAGCUGUUCAAGGGCAAGAAGGGUGUGCUGUUUGGAGUCCCUGGGGCCUUUACCCCUGGUUGUUCCAAGACCCACCUGCCCGGGUUUGUGGAGCAGGCAGCGGCUCUGAAGGCCAAGGGAGCCCAGGUGGUGGCGUGUCUGAGUGUUAACGAUGUCUUUGUGACUGAACAGUGGGGACAAGCCCACAACGCAGAAGGCAAGGUUCGGAUCCUGGCCGACCCUACUGGGGCCUUCGGGAAGGAGACAGAUUUGUUACUAGAUGAUUCGUUGGUGUCCCUCUUUGGAAAUCGAAGGCUCAAGAGAUUCUCCAUGGUGAUAGAUGAUGGGAUAGUGAAGUCUGUGAAUGUGGAGCCAGAUGGCACAGGUCUCACCUGCAGCCUGGCCUCCAACAUCCUCUCGCAGCUCUGAGGUCCUGGGUCUAGACACACGUCUUCUGCCCUUUCCUGAUUCACCUGCCCAGCCCAGCCUGAAUUUGGGCCACCCCGUUGAAGCCUUGGCCAGAUUUCUCCAAUAAACACUUUUGGUUCA